CAAUCCCUUUCACACUUUUCUCCCUCCGUCAUCCAUUAUUUCUUCCUUUAAAAAUCAGAGCUUUUAAUCAAAACCAAGUUUCCAUUUUUCAGUGUUUUCUUCUUCAAUGGCUUCCCCUACACAGUCAUUGAAGUUAGCUCCAUUUUUCUUCUUCUUCUUCUUCUUCAUUAUCACUAGCCUUGUCUUUUUUGCUGUUCCAUUCCAUGCCCUUAACAUUGGCAUUCAUGCAAAUGGAGACAUCUCUUUGAGUAAAGAAUGCAGUAGAAUAUGUGAAUCAAAGUUCUGUGCAGUGCCUCCAUUCUUAAGAUAUGGAAAAUACUGUGGACUUCUGUACAGUGGAUGUCCAGGGGAGCAGCCUUGUGACCGCUUAGACGCUUGUUGUAUGAAGCACGAUCAGUGCGUACAAGUUAAAGGCAGUUAUUUGAGCCAACAAUGCAAUCAAGAAUUCAUCAACUGUGUAGACAGGUUCAAGAAAUCAGGAUCUCCCACUUUCAAUGGAAACACAUGUAAAGUUGAUGAAGUUGUCCAUGUAAUCAAAGACGUCAUUAAUGCUGCUAUUAUUGCUGGAAAGAUUUUUGGUAAACCUUAAAAUUGUACAAUGCUUUUCUUAAAUAAGUCAAUUAGGAUUUAGGGGCUAACUUUUAGCUUAUUUUUCGUUUACUUAAAAGUACUAUUUCUCUUUUUCUACCUUUUUCUUCUCUUUUUAGAAUGAACCCAACAUUGUUUCUCCUCAUGAAUUGGCUUGUUCUUGCUAUCUAUUCUACUAUCUUUUAA